AAAAUCUGAAUAUUUAUCUUGUGACUCUUAACAACAACAACAACAAGCAGCAAACAUUUUGGUCCUAACAUGGUCAGUGGCCCUUGGCUUGGUAUUGUUGGCAGAAUUUAACCCUCAGUGAAAACUAACUGAGGAACCCUGGUCUCCACCGCCGUUACCACACACUCCACCUCCGUUAUGAUGCUCAUGGUUUCUCUUCUUCUCUGUGCAGGUUUUCUGAGUUCGCGUGUCAUCGGUCAUGGCGCUGGUCCAGUCUCUGCCCGUGUCCAUUGACCAUCCGGGACCAGGCCUGGACCCGCGUCUCCAUCCCGCCUCGCCUCCUCUGAUGGGAGCGAUGGGUGCCGUAGGCAGCAUGAUGCAGAGUCACGUCACUUAUCCUGACCGCGCAAACAUAGAGGUCAGCACCAGAUUCCGCAAGGGCACGCCGGGCUCCGGACGCCUGCUGUCCGAAACCUCACAGGGAAGUCGGACUCCGUCCAGCAAGAGGAGGAACGUCGCCGGCAGAGCCAAGGGCUUCGGUGCUCGCUCAUAUUCACAUGAGGACUUGAUAAGUGACUGGAACGAUAAUCAUUUGUAUGUGGGUUCGACUUGUGUGGACGGACCUCCUAGACUGGUUGCAGUGUCUGGACAAUUAGAAAGAAACGUUCAGCAGGCCAUAAUUAGACCCACUGCCUUCAAACCCGUGGUCCCUAGGAGCCAUAACGGCAUGCAGUAUCUGUCCCCGCGGCUCGGCGCCGGUCUGUCGGGAAGCCAAGGAAACCUCAGCAUGUGUUCUCCAGAAGACGAAGACGUCUCGCCCGUGACGACAGAACGUCGCAGCUCUUACAGCGGCGCUCGCAAUGCUUUGUUCAGCCAGUCGUUUACGAUGACGGACACGGCGCGCAAAUCCUUAACCAACCUGCCGGCGUAUAACGGGCCGAGCCAGAGCGAGGCGAGCAAACAUCACGGACACUCCAACUCCGACAGCGGCCGCUCCUCGUCCAGCAAGAGCACGGGCUCCCUGAGCGGCCGCGGCCCCCUGCUGACCGACCCGCUGUCCCCGCCGCCCAUCGAGGCCUACGAGGCCAUCGUCAGAGACCUGGAGGACAAACUGAGGGAGCGAGACCUGGAGCUUCAGCAGCUCGGGGAAAACCUGGACGAGAACGAAGCAGCCAUCUGUCAGGUGUGUGAGAGGCAUGCUUCAUCUCGACUUGAAGGGUUAGUUCACCCAAAAGUUCUAAACUUGUUGCAUUUCUCUCAGGUGUGUCAGAAGUCUGGAGAGAUCUCACUGCUGAAGCAGCAGCUGAAGGACCUGCAGGCCGAUCUGGCGCAGCGCGUCGGUGAGCUGGUGACGUUACGAGGACAGCUGCGAGAGGUUCGAGCCGAGCUGCAGACGUGUCAGAGUCAGCUGCAGGAGGUGCACACGGCCUCUCACACACGGACGCUAGAGCUCGAGGUCUGCGAGAACGAGCUGCAGUGCCGCAAGAGCGAGAACGAGCUGCUCCGGGACAAAAUAAGCCGUCUGGAAGACCUUAGCGCCUCGAGCGCCGACGACAGCGAGGAACUGAAAGCCUCAAAGCAGCAGAUCGAUCGCCUGAAGGCGGAGCUCGCUUACGAACGCCAGCACUCCUCCGAUCAGACGUCUGCGUUCAAGAGCGAGAGAAAGAGCUGGGAGGAGGAGAAGGAUAAAGUGAUUCGAUAUCAAACACAGCUGCAGCAGAACUACGUGCAGAUGUAUAAAAGGAACCGAGAUCUGGAGCGAUCGCUCCGUCAGCUCAGCCUCGAGCUGGAGUCCCGAGAACAGGACGACGACAGCAGCGGAAACGAAGUCACGUUCGACGACAUCACUGCGACCGAGAUCUGAAACAAGUAAUCGUCUACUGCCGCACUCAUUUCAGAUUGUGCUCUGCGUAAAAUGCAACUAAGUUCUGUUCUCAAAUAGUGCUGUCAAACAAUUAAUCGCGAUUAAUCGCAUCCAAAAUAAGUUUGUGUAUGUGAUGUGCAUGUGCU